CAUUAGCAUGCAUAGUGCAUCCAUGGUGCAUCUCUAUCAACAGUAGCAUGGCAACACAGGUCGAUUUUGACACUAAUGACAGUAGUCUCUUGACAGCAUGGUUUAUUGGGCAAUGUUUGAAUUUAUUGAGGUUAGAAUUUUCCUGGAAAAUCGAGUGAUUUUAUUUGAACAGCGUUAUAUAAUAUAACAAAUGAGAAAAAAUAUAUUGUUUAAUUUUUGAAAACUGCUAUGGACAAGAUAUAAAUUUCAUAUUUUCUUUAUUUUACAUCAUUAAUUUAAUAUGAAAAUACUACUCUCCACAUGGAGAAGCAUAGCAGCCAAUAUACGAAGAACAACAGGAAUUCCAAAAAUUAAAAGUUUCACGAAAGUAGCAUUUAGUGACAAAUAUUUAUUUUAUACAAAUGUGACCAUAUCACUGAGCCUCUCGUCGGUAGGCGAUCUGAUGGAACAGAGUUACGAGAUAUACAUUAAGGAACAGACUCAUUAUGACUUCAAGAGAUGCGCGCACAUGGCAUUCUCAGGAGUAGCAUUGGGGAUCCUAUGCCACCACUGGUACAAAGUAUUAGAUAAGUUUAUAGUGGGAAAGACUGUGGAUAUGGUAAUAAAGAAGUUGGUGCUAGAUCAGUUUAUAUUCUCCCCCGUUAUGAUAAUCACACUGUUUGGAAGCCUGGCCUUGCUCGAAGAGAACCCAUACGAGAAUUUCAAAGAAGAAGUGAAAGACAAGUUUGUGAAGUUGUACCGCGCAGAGUGGAUGGUGUGGCCGCCUGCGCAAAUCAUCAACUUCUACUUCCUACCAACCAAGUACAGGGUGCUGUACGACAACACGAUAUCAUUAGGAUAUGACGUGUACACAUCACAAGUCAAACAUACGAAGCCUGCGAAAGCUUUACUAGAAGACAAGAUAAAACACCACUCUUGACGAAGGGUGUCCAUGUCCACUAGCUGAAGUAUCAAUCAUAAUAAGUAGGUAGUAAGAAUUUUUAAAUAUUAGUUUUAAAAUGGCACUUAUUGUCAAUUUUUUAUAAUUACUACAUUUUGUAGUCCUCUCAGUUUUUGUAAACAUCUCGAGACAUAAGCUUUGCUGUGAUAAAACGUUACCUACAUAAUAGGUAUUUAUAAUGUAAUUAAUAAAUCAAUUGAGUAUGUUAAAUAUAUUUUUGUUAUACAGUAACUUAUUGAAUACGAAAUAAAUGUUUGACAUAAAAAUGA